CAAUGGGGUACGAUGGCAGAUGGUCUAAAAACCCGUAAACAAAUUGCUUUAAUCUUCCUCAGCCGCUUGGUCUUCCCUUAUAUAUAUCUCAAGGUUCUCUCAUUGAGCUUGCGAUUCAUCUCUAGCUGUCGGCCAUCGUCUCCAUCUUUGAGCUGAGCAAUAAAUCUGUAAGCCCUUAUCAAUGAUGUUGUGCAAGAAGUUAUGGUCAGACAGAUUUAGUAAUCUUCCGGACGACGUUGCUCAUCAUAUUCUGUCCUUCCUCGGUGUCAGAGAUCUCGCUUCUGUAGGGGCUGUGUCCAAAAGGUGUAGAGAAUUUUACCUCUCAGUACCAUCAGUGAAUAUUGAUGCAAGUUGUUAUCUCCAUGCAGUUCCAUUAGUGAAUCUUGAUGCAAGUUGUUAUCUAAAAACCAGCAGCAAGUUAGGAGCGCUGAUGUGUUUCUGGGAUAGAUACAUGUUUCAGCGUGGUGUUAAUAAGAUGCAACGCUUUUACAUUAAUUGGACUUUCUUCACACGCGGCAUUGCGAAUAAAGACUCUGUGGAGCAAUAUCGAAUAAACUCUUGGAUUCAUAACGCAGUAAGGUGUAAUGUUGAAGAGCUUAACCUUAAUUUCACAGCAUGUGGUGGAUUCACGUUUGUGCUGCCAUCUUGCCUAUAUCAGUCACAAUCUUUCAAGUCUCUAGUAUUAAAUUUAAAAUGCUUGGAUGAGAUGACUCUUGAAGCACCACCAGUAUCUCUUUCCUGCAAUCUCCGUUACUUGCAGUUGACUUCUGUUAGAAUAGCAGAUGAAAAGUUUUGCAAGUGGAUCUCCUCUAGCUGCAAAUGCAUUAAGGAAUUACAGCUUAUUCAAGUUAAAGGGAUUAAAAAUAUUACCAUUCAAAGCUCGUCUUUGGAGUCAUUUACUUUUGUUGGUAUGGACCUGGUCGACCUUAAUAUCUCCGGUCAGAAGCUUAGAAGUAUUGAAAUAAAGUGGAACUUUUAUUCUUCACCUGGGUACUGCUCAUUGAAUAUAUCUGCUCCAAAUCUGGAAGAUUUAACAUGGGCGGGCAAGGUCUUGAAUAGCCAAAAUCUGGGCAAAUUACUGAAUUUAAAAAGAGCUUUCAUUGCUCUUGAGCCUACGGUAGAUGACAAUUUAUCUGAGGUCUUUUCUAGUAUAUGUAGGACUAAAGAUCUUGGUAUAAAUGAGAACACCAUGAAGGCUAUGUUCAAAGACUGUUUCAUGCAAGCACCAUUAGAUGACAUUCGUCGCCUGGGUCUUCAACUUCCGAGCUUCAGUAAUGACAUAGUUCCAAUAACGGCCUCUCUUCUCAGAAGAACUGGUUAUCUGAAUAGCUUGGUACUGAUGAGUUCUAAACCUUCUAGAUCGGACUCUAAAUCUAUAUCUUCAUCUGGAUUUGAUAUGGGAUACUGGAAAUUGCAAAACCUCACUUUCGUUUACCAGCUGGAGGAUUUGCGCAUAGACCUCUCCAGCGGGUCUAAUGAAAUUGAGUUUGCAAAGUACAUUCUCGAGAAUGCUCCGAAUUUGAAGAAGAUCGUGAUCCGCCAUCAUCCGGGAUCCCAACAAUCAAAUAUCGUAGUUGGGAAGGUGACCAGAUGCAAGAUCAUUUCGAGAGCCAUUAUUGUGAUCCAGGAAAUUCGGUGAUGAAAUAGUCUUCUGUUAGAUGAUUGUGAGAGUUUUAGUUUUUUUUUAGGUUUGAGCCAUCUGGGUAUUUUGAUGAAGCUAUUUUUUAGCAAGACACUAAAUACUGGAUCCAGAAACAGAAACAAUUUCCUUUUGCAAAACAAUAUUCUGGUGCAGAGUGAAAAUACAUUGCAUCAAGCAAGUUGCGACUGAAUUACUAUACCUUCCCACUUCAGAAACUAUCAAGGGUUAUUAGUUAUUACUGCAUGGAGAGGAAUAUUGUCCAGCUUCUUGGAUAUAAGACUGAGGGUGAUGCACCAAGUCUUAAGCUAACAAAUCAAUCACGACAUUUAAAUUACUUCCAUGACUUGAAGACAUUUGGAAUUCAAACAAACAACACUCGCUUCCAAAAUUCUCAUUCUUAUCCACAAUAUCAUGGGAACUACAAAUUGACAUACCACUGAAUUUGUACAACAAUCAACAAUAGCAUUCGUCCUAAUAGAAAGUCACAGAAAAGCCCUAUAAACACUACGGGUACCAUCAUACAGCUAAGCUUGUACCUGCCAUGCAGUUCUUUGUCAAUUAGUUCAAUUUUAGACUAAGUCGUAACAAGUCUGUUCAAUUCAG